CCUAGGGACCGUCUAAGUUGGGUAGAUAUUGUGGACAGCCUCCUUGGGUUAUAUUCCAUGAUGGCUCCCCCUGCAAGCUAUCUAGAUCUGGGAGAAAAAUAUAUCUGCCCUUUAUGGAUGUUCAGGCGGUAUGAUUGCUUUCAACGACGUCUUCAAGACUUCCUCCCGAGAUUUCAAAAGAUUAUAGAAAAUGGUGGUCUGACAGAAUCCUUCCUCAAUGGGCCAGUGAUGAAGAAAGAUAUAGAGCAGCAUAGUCUAGAAUUCAGCGACACUGUGUCAGUAUAUGUGCUUGGUCAUGUUAACUCCCUGAGCCUUCCUGACAGUCUGUUAGUAUCCAACACAAAAGAACCAUCAGUCCCCUCCAUGAAAGUGGACAUCUCUGAGCCCAUGGAGACAGAUGAACCCAUCUCCAUAAUAUCUAAUAACAGAAGGGUGGAUUCAUUGCCUAAGCUGUCACAGGAGACGUCAUCCUGGUCAGAUUUCAAGGCAGCUAUGUCCGGUGCCUCUUCAUAUAGAACAUGCUUUGCAGUGUUUGGGAUCUCAAAUAAACAGGAGGAAGAAGAGGCCAUAUCUUUAUCAACACAACUGACAAGUUAUCAGAGGAGAAAUGUCCUCAUCUUUAGCACUGAAGAUCAAAAGUGUUAUGAAUUUCACAAUGGUAGCCUUCAACCAACAGACCUGGCUUUGGCAGAAACAAUUCAGAGAAUGUUGGAGGUGAAGAUCAUGGCCUUGUUUGAUAACAUCGCUCAGUUCUUAAAAAAGUUUCGACUCAAGGAAGGGUGUCGUCCGGACGACCGGCUCUACUAUGCUGUAGAUUUAGGUCUUCGUAACAGCCUGAUGGAUGAGUACACGCUACUGGACAUCAUACCGUUAGUAAAAGAUGAUUCAACUGAAGAAGAAAUAAAGAAUAAGCAAACUGAACUCGACCACAACCUCACCGAGUUUGUCAAAAGGAAAACAAAGUGUAUACUAGUGCUGCAUUUUGCCUCAGAGCAUGGCAUGUCUCAAGAUAUCGUCCUCGAAUUCUUCAAUGACGGGUAUUUUGUGCUGGAUUCGAAAAUAUCUGAAGUGUUAGAAGACGUCAGUAAACCCAGGUUAGAGGAGGUUAAAGAGAGAGGAGCAAAUAGGUGGAAGUUUAGAGAAUUUGUACAAUCGUUUACAUGGAAGGCCUCAAAGGACCUUGAUAAAGCUCAAGAAUAUAUACAGGACAAAGUCCAGUAUUUCAAAAAAAUGGGAAAGCUUGAGUUUGAGAUGAAUGGUAUCCUGCAGUUGUCAAGUGUCCCCAUAGAGACUGAGAUUCCUGCCCUUCCUACCAUCAGCCUGGAGUGCCAGUGCAAGAUACUCGAGAUGGAAGAGAUUUGGGCAUGUGGUCAUCUGUAUGGAAAGUUGACACUCUUUGUUGACAAACCAUUAAGCAUCCCCAGCCAGACGGAAAUCGAAUUUCUCCUGAAAGAGUACAAAUACACAUAUGGUUACAUUUCUGUCGAAUCAUCCUCGGCAAAACAAGGAAAAUGUUUUGGUCAAAUUGCAUGUGGCCACCUUUUGUGUGGUCAGAAACAAAAUGCAAACGAUCCACAUAACAGCUAUGUUAGCUUCUCAUUGGGCUGUUUCGUAAACAUUAAAAAAUUAAACGAAUCCGAAAACACAGACCUGUAUGCAAUUUCAUGUGGACAUUGUCUUCAAGACUGUAUUGAUGAAGUGUAUGAAGGAGAUAAUAGAGCACACUUUGGACAGAAAACAUAUUUACUUAAUAAAUAUCAUUUUUAUGAUAUUGCUGCCAUUCAAGUCACCAAAUCUGUAAGCGAAGAAUGUACAGGUUUGCUUUACCAAUCUGGCAGAAUGAAUGAGGUUCCAUGGGGUAUUUGGAGGAACAAUCAACCUAUUGUUGGUCAAGAAGUAUACAAGUACGGAAGUAAAACUAAUUAUACUAGUGGUAUUGUGGUCAGCACAGAUACUAUACUGAAGGAUGUAGCCGAGAAAGAAAAACACGAGUGUGCAAAAAAUGCUGCCGAAAAAAGUGCUUUAUUAUGUCAGAUUCUUGUUCAGCCUAAAGAGGAUGGAAUCAAUAGGGAUGUGUUCUCGGACGAGGGAGACAGUGGAUCUGUUAUCUGCAUGCAGGACCUCGACUCAAAUGAUGUGAAGGUGUUGGCGUUAUUGAUUGGUGCAUACCAAAGUAAAGACGAAAAUAAAUAUAUCUGUUCAUACGGCAGUUGUUUUGCAGCAUUGAUUGAAGAACUGGAAAAGGAGCAUAAAAUUGAAAUAACACCAGCUUGCGGGUCUACGGCCAACAGACAGCAAACAUAAAAAACUUUUCAGAACCAUGAAAAGGAAAGGCUCUUUGUAAUUAAUAAUGGAGAUGUAAACACCUGUGGAUUUGUCUGUUGUUGUUAUCUUUACUAAGAAUACAUUUUUGUUUUUCUUGAGCAUGAUUACUCAAUGUGAGCUAUUGUAAUCUCCCAAUGCCGAGCGUUCGUCAGGAUGCGAAUUUGACGAGGCCACAUUUUUCAUCCAAACUUUUAAAACUUUUUCAGAAUAUGUAUCUGUACAAUGUCUUGGCCGAGAUCGAAUCUGGGUCACGUGUGUCUAAAAACUAGGUCUCCAGUUCAAAUCUUAGAAACACAUUGUUACCACUCUAGAGGCCACAUUAAUGAUUCAACUUUAAUGAAACCAGAUCAGAAUGUUUGUUUUGACAAUAUCAAACCCGAGUUUGUAUCUGACUCACGUGCGUCGAAAACUGGGUCACUAGGUCAAAAGUUUAAAAACUUUGUAACCAUUCUAGAAGCUACAUUUAUGACUAUACUGUAAUGAAUCAUGACUAUAAUGUGUAUCUUGACUAUAUCUAGACCGAGUUUUAAUCUAGUUUACGUUCGUCACUAUAUUAAAUGUUCAAUGGAAAAUAACUUAUUAGUUUAGAUGCAUCAUUUAUGACUCGAUCUUGAUGAACCUUGGUCAGAAUGUUUAUUGAGACACCAUGUUAAAAGUCUGGGGGGUUUGAAUAAUAAAAUUGCCAUAUUGACCUGGUGAUGUUUUCCGGAAAAAGGGCAUAUUGGAACAUCACAGAUGAACACAGAGGGAGUCAGAUUAACAGAUAGAGUGCAUGUAUCACGAAUUUCAUUGAAUGAUGAUGAAUUACCCAUCGGAUGGAGACGGAAUUGAUGCCGUUCAACCCAACGGAGUUAAUGUGUCAUAAGUACUUGUUCUUUUUCUAGUGCGACAUACCUAUUAGAAACUAGUGAUGAAAAGUUAGUUCUUGGUGAAAGAAAUUUAUCUUCGUAGAAAUGUAACGUAUUUCACCAGUUAUUCGCAACAGCUCCAAACUAUUUAAUAAAGGUGUGAUAAAUCGAACAGGUACUGACUUGUUUUGAUGCGAUGAAGCUUUAAACGGCAUCGCUUUUAUAUAUGACAUAAUGAUGAAAAUGUAUUUGGUUAUAGCAUAUUUUAAUUAUUUUUUAAAAUUGUAAUGUGAUAAAUUGUUAGUUCUUAUAAUUGGUAUAUCGAACUGCUUGCAUAAUUGUUUGUACAUAUGCCCAUCCAUUUUCAUAUUAUUCAACAAUUAACUCGUUUUUGUUUGCUGGGCAUCUACCGGUAAUUACAGAUAUCAGAAUCACAAUAAUUAGGGAUCAUUCAUUGUGUACGUUUGGUGGGGCAUUGCCCAUUGGACACAUAGCAUGUGCAAUUGUGCAAACUCGUUACAAAACAUGCAUUUCGGCGCUUAUUUACUAGAUACAUGGUGUAGGGUUUGAAGCUUACCAAUAUGUUUAAUUCAUUUAAAACAAAUAAUAAAUCGCCCAUCUCAUAUGUUAUUUUCCUUUUUUUGGGCAAGAGUCAAAAGUUUAACUAAAGUUGAAAAUUGCUAAAAGUAUAAUACACAAUUGAAACGAAAUUUCCAUUCAGGUAAAAUUGUAUUAAUGAGAUUUAAGCUAAAUUUAUAUCCUGCGUUUGAUUUUAUGGACAUUUACAAUAAUUGAAUAUUUUCCAAUGAAAACUUUUAAUUAACACUGGUCACUUGUAUUUACUGGUGUGAAGAAGUUCACAGAGAACAUACCUUCCAUUUAAAUCUUAGCUUCUAAUCGUCAUGAGCUGGACAACUCAUUUUGACUGUCCAUCAAGCGUUCUGUACAGAAUUUAAUUUAUUCAUUUUACAGGCUUAGCUUGUGUGGACACCGUUAACAAUUGCCAACAAUAUUCCUCAAGUAAAACUGUAAACAUUACUGUCUAUUUUCCUUAGUGUUGUUUAUCUUACGUGUCAUACUUUUCAUGCAAUAUUCUUCUUACCACCAUAAGCUACACUAGCCCCUUUGCGGGCUGUCUAUUACACUUUAUAUUUUCCUUAAUAACGAUAUUUCUCCAUGCAAACAUCAUGUCUGUGAUAUAAAUGUUCUUUUGAAUCCUAUACAACAUUACUUUGUACUAAAUAUGUUUUCUACAGCUUCUAGUUUGUAAAGAUUUUUAUCCGUUUGGUAAUGUCAUGGAUAACGUCACUUAAAUUUUGAAUAAAUUGUUUCAAACCUUU